GACGCCAGCCCACACCAUAUGCGGCUCCUCCCCAACCAUAGCCUGUUGUAAAGAUGGCGUCCAUCAUGGAGGGGCCGCUAAGCAAGUGGACUAACGUCAUGAAAGGUUGGCAGUAUCGUUGGUUUGUUUUGGACUACAAUGCAGGGUUACUGUCAUACUAUACGUCAAAGGACAAGAUGAUGCGAGGAUCCAGAAGAGGCUGUGUGCGACUCAGGGGAGCUGUGAUCGGCAUUGAUGACGAGGACGACAGCACUUUCACCAUCACUGUGGACCAGAAGACUUUCCAUUUCCAAGCUCGAGAUGCAGAUGAACGGGAGAAGUGGAUCCAUGCCUUAGAGGGAACUAUCCUCCGUCACACCCUCCAGCUCCGGGAGGCUGAGACAGGAUUUGUUCCAAGUGUUCAAGACUUUGACAAGAAGCUCGCUGAAGCUGAUGCCUACCUACAGAUUCUGAUUGACCAGUUAAAGCUGUUUGAUGAGAAGAUCAAGGACUGCAAAGAGGAUGAAUCACGCAGAAAAAUAGAAAACUUGAAAGAGACUACUUGUAGUAUGGUAGAAUCCAUCAAGCAUUGUAUUGUACUGCUUCAAAUAGCCAAGGACCAAAGUAACGAACAGCAACACGCAAACGGACUUAUAAGCACCAUCAACCCAGUGGAUGGGAUCUACCAGCCCCCCCUGGACCCCCCUGUAGUCAACACCACAAUGCCAACACAGACCACACUACCCACAGACGCUUCUCAGGUGUGUAAAUCAGACCAACGACCCUCAACAUUACCUGUUGGUCCCGUUGUCACGGUGAUGGGUAGUCUGCAGACCCCAACUCCCAACAGCACAGGGAGUGGCCCAUCAGGCCCGAGCAGUGGCGUGGCAUCCCCAGCUCACAUCCCCCUGCCCUCACACUCAGUGCCAGACUUCUCCUACUCCUCCAGCGAGGAUGAGUUUUAUGAUGCUGAUGAAUUUUACCAGAGCAGCACUUCACCCAAACACUGCAUAGAUCCCUCAGGGCCUUCUGCUGCUUCGCCCAUUGCUGAUAAUGAAACUGCAUUGAAACGGCCCGACACCACCGAGUCCCUCAAUUCCUCGAUGUCUAAUGGCACCACAGAUGCAGAUCAGUUUGAUAGUCAUGACGACCGCGACGAUGAAGGUGAGGGAGAGUCUGUGGAAGAGCACAAAAGCGUCAUCAUGCAUCUGCUUUCUCAAGUUCGUUUGGGCAUGGACCUCACAAAGGUGGUUCUUCCCACCUUCAUCCUAGAGAGGAGAUCUUUGUUAGAAAUGUAUGCAGACUUCUUUGCGCAUCCCGACUUAUUUGUAAGUAUCGCUGAGCAGCCAGAGCCAAGAGAGCGCAUGGUUUAUGUGGUGAAGUGGUACCUCUCAGCUUUCCAUGCAGGGAGGAAAGGCUCAGUGGCCAAAAAACCUUACAACCCAAUCUUAGGUGAAGUCUUCUACUGCCACUGGGAUCUUCCCAGUGAGACGGAGGAACCCUCUCAGCACAUGGAAACAGUAUCAGAUGGUCCAGUUCCCUGGUCUUCACCCAACAAUGUGUGUUUUGUAGCGGAGCAGGUCUCUCACCACCCACCCAUUUCUGCAUUCUACGCAGAGUGUUUUAGUAAGAAGAUCCAGUUCAACGCUCACAUUUGGACUAAGUCAAAGUUUCUCGGCAUGUCCAUAGGCGUCCACAACAUCGGUCAAGGCUGUGUUUCAUGUUUGGAGCAUGAUGAACAUUACAUUCUCACCUUCCCUAAUGGAUAUGGCAGGUCGAUUCUGACUGUGCCCUGGGUGGAGCUGGGUGGGGAGUGCAACAUUUCCUGCUCCAAGUCCGGCUACAGUGCUAACAUUGUGUUCCACACCAAACCUUUCUAUGGUGGGAAGAAGCACAGGAUCACAGCUGAGAUUUUUGCACCAAACGACAAGAAGUCUUUCUGCUCCAUUGAAGGAGAGUGGAAUGGAGUAAUGUAUGCCAAGUGGGCAACUGGAGAGAACACAGUGUUCACAGACACAAAGAAAUUGGGGAUCAUUAAGAAGAAAGUCAGGAAGCUGGAGGACCAGCUAGAGUACGAGUCCCGGAGACUAUGGAAAGACGUAACUCUGAACCUGAAGCUGAAAGACAUUGAUGCAGCAACAGAAGCCAAACACCGGUUAGAGGAGAAGCAGAGAGCUGAAGCCAGAGAGAGGAAGGAGAAGGAGCAGCAAUGGGAGACCAGGCUAUUCCAUGAGGACGGGGAGUGCUGGGUCUACGACGAGCCACUUUUAAAGAGAUUAGCUUCUCAGAGGCACUGAGAAGACCACGCCACACUGACACACACAUACAUAUGAAUAAAGAAAUGCACACACAGAAGAGUCUUCAUAAGAACUCUUGCAAAACCACUUCUUAUCCAAGCCUUGGAAUGACUGAUGAUUGAAAAUGUUCACUGCUUUGCAUUUGACUGUAAAACAAUAUGGAACGGAAUGAAAGCAUCAAAGAUGUAUCAUGAAUAUUAGUAAAGCUCCUCUUCUUUUUUGGGCAAUCUCACCUUCACAACCACCGAAGCCGACCACCCGCCAACAUGAGACUCGGCAGCACAGAGCGGAGGCGUGACAGUCGAUAGCACUUUGCUCUGUCAAUCAGCUUCACACCCACACCCUUCAACAGCUCUGCAAGAUGAUUCAGAGCAGCACUAGUUUCCCUACUUUUUUAUUUUUUUCUUUUCUUUUUAGGGGGGAAAGAGAUCUGUUAAUGGUGUUCAGUUCAAGUAAAGUUUGACAAUUAAAACGGCACUCUACAUCUCAGGGAAUCUGGUGACUGAGGAAAGAAAGCUGCUGCCCCUUCCCAGAGUCUGACAGCCUUAUAACGGUGAAGCGGAUAAAUCUUAAAGGGGCGAGAGAGAAGUUCUCUGCUUGCCUGCAACUAGUUAUAAAUUAUGUUUAUAUAAAGAUAUACAUAUGAUGGAUAUAAAAUAUAUAUUCUUUUUUUUUUUCAAUGCUUUUUUUUUUCUGGCAAUAGUGUAAAAUAUUUGAGGAUAUGAACUUGAUGGCUUUACACCUGUAGGAAUCAUUCCAUUUACCCUUGUUUUGUUUCUAUUUCUAACAAUUUUACAGUCACUGAAACUGUUAGUGUCUCAAGUGUUAUCCAGACUCAAAGCCCUAUAUGAGCCAUGGCAUCUAAACACACUGAGAGAUAAAAAUAGAUUUUAGGAAAUAUAUGCAAUUCAGAUCAAAGUUUCAAUGUCAGUUAUGCCAAAAAAAAAAGGUUUAGAGAAAAGGCUAAAGGGACUCUGAUGUGGACGGUGAUCAGACAGUCCUCUGAUGAGGUUUCCAUGUUACCCGAAGGCAUUUAUGAACAAAAUGAUUGUUUACAUAUUUUUGUCUUUCUGCACAGCUGGUCCUCGAUGAGGAUGUAAGGCUAUAAGUGAGUCUGUAAAGUCUCCCUUUUGUUCUGCAUAUCACCUGUCCUCAUUUCCUCUAUGAUGCAUUCGAUUGUUAGGAGCAGAGCAGACCCUUUGACCCGUUACUGUGGUUUUCAGAGUGCUGCUUCGGUCUGUUUUCAAGAUGGAGAACCUCAUAGAGGGCAAUAUAUAUCCUGCUGUACACCUGCUUUUUUGAUCCAUUGUUCAUUUUCUAUUUUAACAGCAUCAUAGAUUGGAUCCAAGUGCAAUGAAAUUUAAGUGAUACGUAAAGAUAUAUAUAUAUAUUAAGAAAAGGUACACCUGAAAAAACUGAGGCAAGCUCAAAGCAGAUCCUUUGUGUGGUAAAGAAUUGAUUAUUGCUUAAUUGUCUAUUGACCAAGUUUAGAUUAAAAUAAACACUGCUGGUGCUGUAUCCAAAUAUAGUGACUUUCUUGUGGAAAAUCUCAGUCUCUUGUAACUGUUGACUUUAAUUCUCCUAUAAACACAAACAAUGCCUUUAAAAUUGAGCCAACUGAAAAAUGACUUAGCUAAAUUCGAUGCUAUGACUAUUUUUUUCCCCUCCAUGUUCUUUGUAUAACCUAUUAAAUAGAGGCCUUGCCAUUCAUUUUAGUAUCGCUCAGUAUUGCCUGAUAGAGAGCAAUCAAAACAAAUGUAUUUUUUAUUUCCUUCUCAUCAUAACCAUUGAUUGUAUCCGAUUCUCCUGUUUAUUGAUGCAUAAUAUUAAAUCUCCAUGAGUUGA